AUGGCGCGCACCAAGGAAGACGUUGUCGCGACAUCGCCUCGUGUCGCCAAGUCUGCUGCCGGCAUCAGCAAAGAUACAGAAACCCCAGUAAAGCGCGGUCGUGGUAGACCUCGCAGCGCCGUUCCCAAGCCCGCCUACGUCCCCAGCGGUCGUCCCCGUGGCCGUCCCAAGGGAAGCACCAAGGCCUCGAGCGCGAAGAAGGCUGCUCUCGGAGAAGCAGUUGGCCUCACCAAGAAGGCCGCAUCAACGGAUGCCUCUGGCGCUAAGCGAGGACGUGGUCGACCUCGCAAAGUUGCCCAACCCGAAGCCGAAGGCGAAUCUACAACCCCGAAGUCUGGCAAGAAGCGUGGCCGGCCAAGCAAGAAUGCCACCGAGAGCCCGGCUGCCCAGGAUGUGGCUGAGGACGACAACAAGGAAUCCGAGCCCGUGGAGGCUGCUGAGCCCGUGGAGGAUGCCAACGCCGAUGAUGAAUCGGAUGGUGACAUUCCCACAGCUGGCCAAGAGGAAUCGGCCGAUAAGGAGUUGCCGGAUGAUGACUUGUCCAACUAG